AUGCCCUCGUCAGCAGCUCUCAGCGAGCAUUCAGUUCCUAAUACAAGCACGCCAUCUCCUCACCUCUACCAUGUGUUCGAAGAGGCGGUUUCCAAGCAUGGACCCCGGGAAGCCGUCGUGUCUCUACAUCAACCACCAGAUCUUUACGCCGAAGCUCUGAAAAUAGAACCUUUAAAGGGUCCCGGCCUUCGCUGGACGUACGACAAUGUUCACCGCGCUGCCACCCGCUUCGCCUGCUCGCUGGAAGCCCGAGGUGUGAAGAAAGGGGACAUCGUGACGACGUUUGUAAGCAACGGCAUCGAAUGGUGUGUUAUUAUCUGGGCAUGCUGGAGGAUCGGGGCCGUAUUUGCGCCUAUGGGUCUACGGAACGUUCAGAAUGCCGAGGAGACCAAGUACAUGUUGCAGGCCGCAGCCGUCAAGGUUUUGAUCGUGGCCAACACGGAGACGGCACUGAGAUUAGACGAUCUCGCCAGCCAGGCAGAUCUUGCUCUGAAACUCAAGAUCGUACUAGAUUCUUCUGGGGAGCUGGACGGUUGGGACGACUUCCCAUCGCUCAUCAAAUGCAGUGGAGAAUCUGACGAAUCUCUCUUGACUAAACCGGCUGCUCAACUGGUCGAUUCUGAUGCUGCCAUCAUUUUCUUCACUGUUGUCUACCCUGCGGGAGUAUUCACUCCUGCGGCUAUGCUCAACGCUUUAACAAAAGAAGGAUGCAAUGAGGCCGUUCUGGUUCCCACCAUGGUCUAUGCGCUCAUCAGUAUCAUGUCAGAGCAGAAAAUUCCCAGGCUGGAGAAUCUGGAGUGCGUGAGCAUGGGAGGCGCAUCUGUAAGCGAGAAAAAUCUCGAGGAUGCUUCCGUCCGGUUAGGCUCGAGUCUGGUUUGUGCGGGCUACGGGAUGUCAGAAGGACUCCCGAUGAGACCAGUGAAAUUCAAAACUGCGGCAGAGGGGAUAAUCCAGGGAAACCCGUGCUGUGGCGAAGUUACCUCGGGCUGCGCUGUCAAGAUCUGUAGUCCCGGCACGACAACGGCGGUUCCAAUCAAUACGCCAGGUGAGCUUCACAUGUCAGGUUCUCCUAUCAUUACGGGCUACCUUGGCGGUCGCAACAAGGAGGACUUCUACGACGAAGGUGGCAAGCGAUGGUUCAGGACAGGAGAUCAAGCGGUCAUGGACGAACAGCAACGAAUCGCCAUCGUCGGACGAUACAAAGACAUGAUAAUCCGCGGCGGUGAGAACAUUUCACCGAACGCGAUGGAACGAGUUCUUAGCGAGAUAGGCGGAAUCGAAGCCCAUGUUGUUGGUGCAGAGGAUGAGAUAGCGGGCGAGAACCUCACCGGCAAAGUGCUCAAGGACCAACUGGCUCUGAUAGUCAAGCAGCACAGGGCUUCCAUCACCAAGUCGCAUACAGAUGCCACAAGUAAACAAGAUAAAAAGUUUAAUCCGAGUUCUCAUAUCGUCACAGUCACUUGGGCGAGUCUACUUGGUAUCGAGCCCGAAGACCUGGACCCAGAGGCGCAGACUGCGACGUUUGCAGACAGUAUCAAUAUGAUGCGGUUCCGUCAGAAAAUCAGACAGGAGACUGGGAAGAUCAUUACCGUUGAACAAGUUCUUGGAUCCACAAUCGCGGAACAAAUCAAAAUUGUUGACAACCAGUCCACGCGAUCAAACGAGUUACCGGGCCGCCCUACUCCAGAAUAUCGUCCUGGUGGCCCGAGUGUCGUCGACAUGGUCCAUUGCUAUGGCGACGAGGAAAGGGCGGCUGCAACGCGUGAGGUAGUGGAGGCGGUCCUCAAACCUCACGGGCUCAGUUGGGACAAUGUCUCCGAGGUGUUUCCCGCGUGGGGACUCGGCCAGGCGAUAUUCACUCAGAAGAGGGAUCUUUCCUGGGAUUUUCGCUUCUUCAUUAACACCAAGGUAAAGGACGCAAAGGUAGUUCGUGCGGCCCUGGAGGCUGCGCUGGAGAAGAAUCCAAAUCAUUUGUCCUUUUUUGUCCGCGAGGACGGAUCGGUGACUAACAGAAAAUCACUGGGGUUGCAUAUUAACCUUAAGACGAGCAAGGAUUUAUUUGAUUCAAUCAUAUCCUACGCACCGAAGCCACUCAGAACAAUCGCAGAGCUACAAAAAUACUCGGAUGACCAAAGGUUGGACGUCGGGUUCGAUUCUCUGCUGACAAGGGCUGAGAUUGUGCAUGUAAUGGAGACGGAUUCUGUCCAUAUCGUUCUAAAUGUCAACCACGUCGCGCAUGAUGCCAUGUCCUUACAAGGCCUACUCUUUCCAGAUCUCGACCUCGCCAUCUCGGACCCCUUGUCUCUAAAGAGCCACACGCCCUAUAAGAUUUUCGCAGACACAUACCACUCCCUCAGCACAUCCCUCACAGCGCAGGAGGGCGUCAAAUUCCAUGUUGAGCACCUCAGGGACAUCACAUGCCACAAAAAGGCAGCCGCAUGGCCGCCCCAACGGGCACCGGGCUGGGUUCUCGGCCCCCGAAGAGGCUGGAUCACACCACCCGCAGACGCAACAGGAGCAGGGCAUGCCGCCUACUCAAACCCAGCCGGUUUACCCUUGGAGGAUGAGCCCUCGCGUCGCAGCGACGGCGGCAGCGCGCCUGUCGCCUGGCGGGGAGAGCUUCCCGGUCUUAACGCCUUCCGGGCCAGCGUCGGGGAGGGUCUCACGAACCCAUCGAUCGCAAAGGUAGCAUUGGCGCUCCUCAACGUCCGCCACACGGGCCACACGCAUGCGAUCUUCGGCAGUGUGGAGGCAGGGCGGGCUUCACUACCGUUCAUUCCCGCCAGCCUGAGCGGGCCUCUAGCAGCAGCCGAUGUCAACCCAGCAGACAUGCCGGGCCCCAUGUACCAGCGGUUGGCGAACCUCAUCCGCGUCGACCGGGCCGAGACGGUGGGUGACCUGCUGCGCCGGGUCCAGGAGCUCCAGAGCGGGCAGUCUAGGCACUGUCACGCGCCACUGGACGCGAUAUGCGAAGCUCUGGGGCCCGAGGGCGGCGAGAUGGUGCUGGAUACGUGCCGACGCCAGUUGCUAAACUGGGUGCCUGGACUGGGCGCCAUGGACCGCAACCCGUUUAAGAAUAUCGAGCUGCUGGACUCCAGAAGCCGAGCUGACCUCGGCGUCAUGUUUUUCGCCGGCACGGGUGGCAAGGCUGGGCAGGACCUUGUCCUCAAGGUGAUUUGGGACGACGCGAAUGUGACCCGUUCCGAGGCGGAGAAAUGGCUCAGCGAAUACAGGGCUUUGAUCCAAGCGGUAGUCAGUGGCGGUAAGGAUCGCUUAGUCGGAGAGGUAUUUGAUUCAGUAAAGGACGCAUGA